CCACACUGCGGUGCGUCUGAGAUACCUCAUAAAGCCACGACGUCCGCCGGACUCCUCUGCCUCAAUCCCAUCUUCCCACACAAACCCCGCAUUUUCCGCCCAUCAUGUCCCUCACAAACGAAGAUUGGGAAGAGAUCCGCCAGGACAUUCCCUCGGUCUCGGACCCUUUCAUCGCACAGUACAUCAACGGCCGCGAGGCUCUCAUCGCCCAAGAGCACAAGUCACGCGCUGACGCUUCCUUCCGCGCCGCGGCUUCGCCCAUUGCCCGCCGUGCGGCUGACAUUGUCGCCCGCAUCCGCGACGAGGAGAAGCGGACGAUAUGGAAUGCGCAGGCCGAAGAGGACCUCGCCACGAGCGAGGGUCUUGCACCUUUCCCCGGGAUGAUGUUCACGCUCGCCAAGCAGCGCCUCGAAACGACCCGUCUGUGGCGCAUUGUGCAGAAGAUGCCCAAGGGCUCUCUUCUCCACGCUCACUUGGACGCCAUGGUUGACUUUGAUUUCCUAUUCGAUGUUCUGCUGAACACCCCCGGCAUGCAUUUUGCGGCGGACGAGCCCCUCUCGAACGAGGCGGCCAAGUCCAACUCUGGGGUUCACUUCAGAUUCAAAAAGGAGGAGAACAGCCAGACUUCACCGUGGGAGAACAGCUAUGUUCCCGGAGAAUUUCGGCUGCUUACCAAGACGGCGGACGAGUAUCCCGACGGCGGGAGGACGGGAUUUCUGAAAUGGCUGAAGGCGAGAUGUACCAUCACGCUGACGGAUAGCAUGGAGCAGCAUCACGGUAUUGACGCCGUGUGGCGCAAGUUUGUCUCAUGCUUCACAGUCACCAGCACCAUCAUCCACUACGAGCCUAUUUUCCGCGCCUUUCUGAAGAGGCUCAUGGCGUCGCUGCUGGCGGACGGCAUCUACUGGAUUGAACUCAGGUUUACUUGGCCGCUCAACUAUUGCCGCGACAGGCAAGAGGAGCCAGAGAAGGACUACAACCACAUGUUCCAGGUAAUGGAGGAGGAGCUCGCGCUCUUCAAGUCCGACCCCGACAACGCCGCCUUCUGGGGCUUCCGCACCAUCUGGACCACCAUCCGUCAACUGCCUACGCGCGACAUCAUCGAGAGUAUGGACAACUGCAUCACCACCAAGAUUUCGUGGCCGCACCUUAUCGCCGGCUACGACCUCGUCGGCCAGGAGGACCUGGGCCGGCCCCUGCGCGACCUGCUCCCGGAGCUCUUCUGGUUCCGCAAGCAGUGCGCGCAGGAGGGCGUCAAUCUCCCCUUCUUCUUCCACGCCGGCGAGACGCUCGGCGACGGCGACGAAACGGACCAGAACCUCUUUGACGCCAUCCUCCUCGGCACGCGCCGCAUCGGUCACGGCUUCUCCCUGUACAAGCACCCGCUCCUCAUUGACAUGAUCAAGGACAAGCGCAUCCUUGUCGAGUCGUGCCCCAUCAGCAACGAGGUCCUCCGCCUCUGCGGCUCCAUCAUGUCGCACCCGCUGCCCGCGCUGCUGUCCCGCGGCGUCCCCUGCGCCCUCUGCAACGACGACCCGGCCAUGCUGGGCCAGGACACGGCGGGCAUGUCGCACGACUACUGGCAGGCGCUGCAGGGCUGGGAGAACGUCGGGCUGCUGGGUCUGGGAUCCAUGGCCGAGAACAGCGUGCGGUGGUCCGCGUUCGAGGACGAGACCCCUGAGCAGUGGACCGCGGGUAUCAAGGAGGCGAGCCUGGGGUCAGGCGUCAAGGCGGACCGGCUCAAGCAGUGGGCAACCGAGUGGGAAAAGUUCUGUCUCUGGAUCGUGGAAGAGUUCGGCGAAGAGUCGGGGAAGGCAUAAGGGAAGAAUCACAUGGGGACGCGGGGGGGGACGGCGGUGACAAACUUGACUUGGGCGAGUACGUUUCAACAAUGGGGGCUGUCUGGGUUACAUGAGCAAUGAAAUUGGGCAUGGGGACGAUAUGUAUACAACGGAGUUUCAACAGUAAAAUGUGCCAAACGGAUUGGCCGGCUCAAGGGGGUCACAUUACAUUCAACACGGCGAAUAAAAGGGCAUUCAACGCAGCUCUGGACUGAGAGAACCAUGGCAAAGGCUACUUAGGGACUGGCUGUAUGUUUAGGCUGCACUACUCAGCAUCAUAAGGCAUCCGCCAGCUUAGACAAAUACUGCAGAUCGACAUUGUGAGC